AUUGGGAACUUGAUUAGAGAUAUGCUAAUAGGCUUGCGUCCGACAUUCCAAUUUCCAUUAAGACGAAACGACAUCAAGGAUAACAUCAUUGAAAUAGACGAUAUAAAAACACCCAAAUCUACCCAAUCUCUACGGAGACAAGAGACUCAAGAAGAAUCUCAAGAAUCUGAAAGUAGUUCUCAAACAGAUGAAUCUUCUGAAUCGGAUACUUCAGAAUCGACUGCAGAUUCUAGAUCGAUGCCAGGAUCCAAUGAAGAUAACGCUGCAGAAGAAAGCGUUGAAGAUAGUGGAACUAGUGAUAAUGAUGAACAGGAUUCGGCUUCGGUGAGCAAUGAAAACGAUUCGGAUUACGAUUCUGAUGAACCUCCCGGUGGCGAUGGAAUGGGGGGUGGAAUCCUAGGUUUACUCGCCGGCUUGAGUGGUGGAGACGGUGAUUCUGAUUUAGGUACAUUAUUAGCAACAGUAAGCGGUAUUGUUGCAAAUCUUAGCGGCGAUGGAAUCGACCUAAACAGUCUGAUCGCAUCCGGAAUCGGAUUAUUUGCUGGUCUGUUAUCCGAAGGAGAAGAAAAUCCUGGAUCUAUAGUAGCAAGUUAUUUGCUGACUUCGUUAGACACUAUUACAGGAGGCGGUGCGCAAAACAAUGGAGCUUUUUUCGGAAAGUUUAUUUCGAAACUGGUCAAAGGGACCAGUGCUGCUGGCGACCCAGAUGCCAGCUCCGAGGAAGGCGACAAACCUUUAAUGGCGGAUUCGGCUGGCUUCCUCCUUAGUUUGAUCACAUCGCUUCUCGGAGAUAUGUCCAAGGGGAGCUCGGAUGGUAGCAGUUCUUGAAAAUGCCAUGCAAGCAUCAUAGAG